GCGAUCACAGCCUGCACACCCACGGGGGUGGAGGAGGAGGGGGCCAGUGGCUGCCUUGGGGAAUUCCGCCUGGGCUGGGGCUGCCACGGGGGGCUGCCCCUCUUUGAUACUGGGACCCCCCUACCCAACACUCUUCACUGUGCUUCUUAAAGGGGUCAGAGCCUUUUCCCUCCGACACCAUGGAAGCCAGACUUGGGGCGUUUUGUGGGGACUUGAGUCUUCGCCGCCUGCUUCCUUCGCCAGUGGCAGCCUCCCUCUGGCUGACUGAAGGGGCCCCCCGGCAUGGCUCUAACCAGCGCCCCCAGUGCUGACCUGGCUCCUGGGCUCCUUCAGCCUCUGCCAGCCUCUUGCUUCCCUCCUCCAGGGGCGAGGUGGUGAGUCUGGGGCUCAGACCUGCGGGUGCCUGGAGAGUGUCUGUCAGUUUCCCCGACAGCCCUGCACCCAAGCUGGAGGACGGGGAGGUUGUGGGGGGCGAGGAUGAGAUGAGCGGGGGCCGCUUUGACUUUGACGAUGGCGGCGCGUACUGUGGGGGCUGGGCGGGGGGCAAGGCCCACGGGCACGGCCUGUGCACCGGCCCCAAGGGCCAGGGCGAGUACUCGGGCUCCUGGAACUUUGGCUUUGAAGUGGCGGGCGUCUACACCUGGCCCAGCGGAAACACCUUCGAGGGGUACUGGAGCCAGGGCAAACGCCACGGGCUGGGCAUAGAGACCAAGGGGCGCUGGCUCUACAAGGGGGAGUGGACGCAUGGCUUCAAGGGACGCUAUGGAACCCGGCAGAGCUCCAGCAGCGGUGCCAAGUACGAGGGCACUUGGAACAAUGGUCUGCAGGACGGGUAUGGCACCGAGACCUAUGCAGACGGAGGGACGUACCAAGGCCAGUUCACCAACGGCAUGCGCCACGGCUACGGGGUGCGCCAGAGCGUGCCCUACGGCAUGGCCGUGGUGGUGCGCUCGCCGCUGCGCACGUCGCUCUCAUCCCUGCGCAGCGAACACAGCAACGGCACCGUGGCCCCGGACUCGCCAGCGUCGCCGGCCCCCGACGGCCCCGCGCUGCCCUCGCCGGCCAUCCCGCGCGGCGGCUUCGCGCUCAGCCUGCUGGCCAACGCCGAGACGGCGCGCGCAGCCAAGGGCGGCGGCCUCUUCCAGCGGGGCGCGCUCCUGGGCAAGCUGCGGCGCGCGGAGUCGCGCACGUCCCUGGGCAGCCAGCGCAGCCGCGUCAGCUUCCUCAAGAGCGACCUGAGCUCGGGCGCCAGCGACGCGGCCUCCACCGCCAGCCUGGGUGAGGGCGCCGAGGGCGCUGACGAGGCCGCACCCUUCGAGGCGGACAUCGACGCCACCACCACCGAGACCUACAUGGGCGAGUGGAAGAACGACAAGCGCUCGGGCUUCGGCGUGAGCGAGCGCUCCAGCGGCCUCCGCUACGAGGGCGAGUGGCUGGACAACCUGCGCCACGGCUACGGCUGCACCACGCUGCCUGACGGCCACCGCGAGGAGGGCAAGUACCGCCACAACGUGCUGGUCAAGGCCGCCAAGCGCCGCGUGCUGCCGCUCAGGAGCAGUAAGGUCCGUCAGAAGGUGGAGCACAGCGUGGAGGGCGCCCAGCGCGCUGCCGCCAUAGCCCGGCAGAAGGCCGAGAUCGCUGCCUCCAGGACAAGCCACGCCAAGGCCAAAGCUGAGGCAGCAGAGCAGGCCGCCCUGGCCGCCAACCAGGAGUCCAACAUUGCCCGCACUUUGGCCCGAGAGCUGGCUCCAGACUUCUACCAGCCAGGUCCGGAAUACCAGAAGCGACGGCUGCUCCAGGAGAUCCUGGAGAACUCGGAGAGCCUGCUGGAGCCCCCCACGCGGGACGCGGGCGCCGCGGGACCCCCGGAGCGGGCGCGCGAGAGCCCGCAGCUGCACGAGCGCGAGACCCCGCGGCCAGAGGGCGGCCCCCCGUCGCCGGCCGGAACACCCCCCCAGCCCAAGCGGCCGCGGGCUGCGGCGGCCAAAGACGGCCUGCUGGGCCCGGGCGCCUGGAACGGCGAGCCCGGCGGCGAGGGCAGCCGGCCCGUGACUCCGUCCGAGGGCGCGGGCCGCCGCAGCCCCGCGCGCCCGGCCGCCGAGCACAUGGCCAUCGAGGCGCUGCAGGCCCCGCCCGCGCCUGCCCGCGAGUCCGAGGUGGCCCUGUACCAGGGCUACCACAGCUACGCGGUGCGCACCGGGCCGCCCGAGCCGCCGCCCUUCGAGGAUGAGCCCGAGCAUGAGGAGGCCCAGGUCCCCGGGGCCGACUCGGCGCCCUCAUCCCCGACCGCAGCCUCCGCCCAGGCCCCAACGGCCCGAAGCCCAGAGCCCACGCCCCAGACCCCGGCCAAGCUGGAGCCUAAGCCUAUCGUCCCCAAAGCCGAGCCCAAGGCGAAGGCCCGCAAGACGGAGGCCCGAGGCCUGACCAAGGUGGGGGCCAAGAAGAAGGCUCGCAAGGAGGCAGCGCUGGCCACGGAGGUGGAGGUGGAGGAGGUCCCCAACACUGUCCUCAUCUGCAUGGUGAUCCUGCUGAACAUCGGCCUGGCCAUCCUCUUUGUUCACCUCCUGACCUGACCCUUGUCUACCAGGUGUGGCAGAGGAGAGGAUGAAGGAGCCAGGAAUUCCACUGAGGAUGCCACGACUCAUCAUCUUUUUGCGAUGCCAGGCAGGUGACCAAGGAGGACUGGACUCGACCUGCAGCCCCAGGCCCGGCUCACACCAUGCCAUGGACAUUUUGGGAGCCUCCCGUGGGCCCAAGCUGGGUGUCUGGGCGCCAGAGGAGUAGAGUGUCUGGGAACACUGAAGGAGCACUCUGCCCAGGGACAAGGGAGGCCCCGAGGGAAGAGCCCUGGUCUCCUGAGUUUCCUGAUCUGCUGUCCCCCAUCCUCAUCCGAUCCCUCUCCUUGCCCCUCGUCACCCCUCCCUGGGCUUCUGUGUGUUUUAGGAGAUGUCACCUAAGCAGGGUGUUAACACUGAGUCCCUCCCUUUUCCUCCCACCUCACUCCCACUUUAAUCCUCUGCCUGGUGGACUGAGGCCACCCAGGAAGCUGAGAAGUUGCUGAAAUGUCUCAGACAAUCCAGUCUUGUGCAGCACGCUGUCCCAGGCUUACAGUUGCUCUGGAUGACAUGGAGGAAAUGAACAAACUCAGUCAAAUAUGCCAGUGUGCAGUGCUCUGCCUCCCCCACCUGUCCUGUUGGCUUCCCUCCUGGCCCAGCAGCACAGGGAGACAUACCUGUAAAAAGUGGGAGCCUUUCACUGGGAAGCCACUGAGCAGGGACAGAGGUGGGUUGGGAAGAAGGGUAGGGUGCACUUGUGCUGGCCCCUGUUUUUGUGUGUGUGAGCCUGCAGCUGGGGGUAAAUUUAAGGCUGUCUGCUCAGGGUUUCUGUGUAGGAGCCCUGGGGCCAGCAAGGUACAGCAGCUGUGAUGCCCUAUGAAUUGGUUUGUUCCCUCCCUGACCAGGGCCACUGUGGACUCAGGGGAGCAUGGCAUGGAAGCCCUGGCAGUGUUGCAGACUCUCAGGCAGGUGCUGAAAGAAAAACAUUUCCCAGGAGUAGAGGAGCAAAUCUGAGCUCCAGCUGAGUAUGGUCUGUGCAGUAAUAAGCCCCUUUCAGUUUGCCAGAAGAUGAUACUUGCAUGUAGCUCACUUAAAGAUGUUUGUACCACACUGAGCCUCUGCUCCUUGGGCUCCCUAGGAGAGGUGUAAGGGCUGAGGGCUUGAAGCUCCUGCCUCCAGGAGCAUGGAAGAAAAGAGCUUCCAGGCUGCUCCAGGCCUGGGGAAGGAUGGGGCAAUGGCAUCUGAGCAGAGGUGGAGGGAGUGACUGCUCUUCCACCUUUGUUUCUGUGGACCUCAGGGGCUUGGGUAUGGGGGGCCAGGCUCUCCCCAGGACAACUCAGGACCUGAGUGUUUGGGGUCAGCUCUUCCUUUUACCCCUCAGCCCAUGGUAACUUUCCCCUCCUGCUUCACAGUUGCUGUUUCCAGCCUUGCUGGGGCCUCUUGGCUUGGCUGGAACCCUGGGCUGCCGUUCUGCAGAGAGGAGCCUGCAGGCGCUCCUACCCCAGCCAGCUACGGCAUGCAGGGCUCUGCAUCUGUGCUUGGGCUUUUCUGGACUCCUAGGGAACGAGGCGGGUGGGUGGGGGCUACUCAGGGCUGACAGGCUGCAGGCCUCAGCUCUGAGGUUAUUGUUCUUGUUUCCUGGGCCUGGUCCAGCGUUGGGGACCAGCCUGUGGCUACCAGAGCUGCUGGGACUAAUUUGGGGCUGGUGUUGGGGUGUGGGUUCAGGAUGCUGAGUCUGUGCGAUAAUAAACCUGUGUCUGCUCACAG